AUCAUUAGUGCAUGGCGUGCAUCAGAAAUCACAGUACAAUAUAUUAACAAAGUAUUGUAAUCAUAACGGUCUUAUUACUUUAGAAAACUUAUAAUGAAUUAUACAAAAAAGUUAACUGCAUAUGUUACAUGGAGUAGGACCUGCACCCUUUUUAUAAUGACAUUCUUGUUAAGGUACACAAGGACACAACUCUGUGGAAAUGGCUGUUGUGCGGGUUAUAUGUGGAAUAAGGAGCUUAAACGAUGCAUAGCCUGUGAUAUCGGAUAUUAUGGAGAAAAUUGUUCGUCUGCAUGUCCCUUUCCACGAUUUGGAGAAUCUUGUCAACAUAGUUGUAACUGUUCUAAAAAUGAUUGCAACUUUAAACAUGGUUGUAAAAUGUUACUCGAGGAUUGUGACAGCGGAUUUACAGGUCUCUACUGUGACAUUCCAUGUCGCUAUCCUUCCUAUGGAUACGCUUGUCAGAAAACAUGUAAUUGCGAAAUAAGAUUUUGCAAUUUCUCAUCUGGAUGUGAAGUUGGAUCUCCGACUGUUGAAUUUCCAUCUCCAUCACCAACUAAAAAGACAGCGGUAACAAUAGUAUCAUCUACUACAGGAUGUGACAAUGGAUUUGUUGGACUAUACUGUAACAUCCCUUGCCGCUAUCCAUCGUAUGGAUAUUCAUGUCAGGAAUCAUGUAAUUGUGAACAGAAAUUUUGUAAUUUCACCACUGGAUGUGAAGCUGGAUCACCAACAAUUGAACAACCAUCACCAUCACCAACAGAGAAAUCAACACUGACAGUGCUGUUAUCUUCUUCAGAUGUGUUAGAAGACACUCAACAUUUGUGCCAAAAUAACACCUAUUUUCAUUAUUGGAUCAUGCAAAAGAAAAGAAAUUUACUGAUUUUUGGAAUAGCAUUUUUAAUGUCGAUGUCAGUUUUGAUGAUGGUUAUAUACCUUUUUAUAAAUAUUAAAGGAUCAAGAAGCUACUCGGGAGCUAGAAUCCACAGAUCAACCAUGAUCAGGCAAAGAAUAAUCUUGACUCUAUUAAAAUCAACCUUUGCACUAGGACUAAUUCUUACGGCUGAAACCAAAAAAUGUAUGAGCAAUUAUACAACCUGUAAUAGGUGGAAUGAAACAUUCAACACAUGUGAAGAAUGUGAAUGUAUGGAUGGAUAUACAGGUUCUCAGUGUGAAAUUCCGUGUCCAUAUCCGGGCUACGGAAAAGAUUGUCAGAAAUUUUGUAAUUGUAAACAGCAGUAUUGCAUUCAUAUAACGGGAUGUAAAGAUGGAUCUGCUACACUUUGGCCACCUGAAACAACAAAGAAACACAAUUUGUUACCAAGCAAAACAUUUACAGAUGGUUGUCUUCAUGGCUACACAGGACCUGACUGUAAACUUCAGUGUCGUUAUCCUAGUUUCGGAGUGAAUUGUCAAGAAGAAUGUGACUGUCAAGAAGAGUACUGUAAUUUCAUCACUGGUUGUUACAGUUACGUAAAUAUAACUAAAACUGAAUGUGAUCAUCGAGAGAGGAGGAAGCGUAGGACAUAUCUACUUUACAGCAGUAUUACCAUUGGGGUGAUAGCAGUUGUUCAGUUCUCGGGUUAUCUUUAUUUGUCUUUCUUCUACAAACCAGUUGUGUUCGUCAUAAACCGAUAUUGACAAUUAUGCUUUCU